AUGUGGCUUAAAGCGAGUACGCUCCCAUCCUCGAUUAAGCACGUGCCGAUUAAGAAACUGCUGGACGCGAUGAGGUCGGUAGCGAGCAGGUAUUAUGGGGCAUUCACGACGGAGUCUUUUACGGCGGGAGCAGCGAGGGGGCAGUUUAAGAAUGAUCCUCUUCCGCCGACGCCUGGUGGGAAAGAGGGAGACAAGAACGAGGCACUCGUUCUAGUUGCUCUCUCACUGUUCCCGCUUUUCGCAUCUCCACUCUCUCACACCCUCUCCUCCUCUCCCCACUUUCUCACCCUCUCCUCCUCCCCCACUUUCUCACCCUCUCCUCAUUGCCCCGCUUUCUCACCCUCUCCUCCACCCUCCCCCUUUCUCCCCCUCCUGCUCCCUCCACUUUCUCACAUUCUCCUCACCCCACUUCCUACCCUCUCCUCCUCCCCCCACUUUCCCACCCUCUCCCCCUCCCCCCACUUUCUCACCCUCUCCUCCCCGCCCCAAUUUCUCACCCUCACCUCAUUCCCCCCAUUUCUCAACCUCUCCUCCUCCCCCCCCCCCUUUCUCACCCUCUCCUACUACCCCCAUUCUCUCACCUUCUCCUCCUCCCUGCACUCUCUCUCCUCCUCCUUCCCGCACUCUCACACCCUCUCCUCCUUCCCGCACUCUCACACCCUCUCCUCCCUCGCUCUUCUCACUCUCCCCCUCUUCCCCCACUCCUCCCACCCUCCCCCUCUCCCCUCAUUCUUCCCGCCCUCCCCCUCUCCCCUCAUUCUUCACGCCCUCCCCCUCUCCACUCACUCUUCUCACCCUCCACUCACUCUUCUCACCUUCCCAAAUUCCAUAUUGCAACCCGCUGCCCUCCAUACACACCUGCUCGACUUCUGCCCAUAUCUUACUCGGUCUGGUGUGUUGAGAAGGGGCCGGCCAGUGUGA